AAGUGUCUGGACCUGAAGAAAGUUAAAGAGCAACGAUGCAUACAGUCAAGCUGCUCUGUGUGGUGUUCUCUUGCCUCUGCGCCAUCGGCUGGGCUUCUCAUCACUCUCAUCGGCAGCCAUGUCAUUCACCACAGCUGACCAGUGGAACGAUGAAAGUGGUUUCCACAGGGGGUCAUGACCUUGCAUCUGGAGAGUUCAGUUAUGACUCCAAAACGAAUAAAUUUCGUUUUGUUGAGGACACCACUCACGCGAACAAAACUUCUUAUAUGGAUGUGCUCAUACAUUUUGAAGAGGGUGUACUCUAUGAGAUAGACAGUAAAAAUGAGAGUUGCAAGAAGGAGACUCUGCAGUUCCGCAAGCACCUGAUGGAGAUUCCCGUUGAUGCCACUCACGAGUCUGAGAGUUACAUGGGUAGCCCCUCUCUCACCGAGCAGGGACUCAGAGUUCGUGUGUGGAACGGAAAGUUUCCUGAACUUCACGCUCACUACUCUCUGUCUACCACCUCCUGUGGCUGUUUGACGGUCUCUGGCUCCUACUAUGGCGAGAAGAAAGAUCUUUUCUUCAGCUUCUUCGGUGUUGAAACAGAAGUUGACGACCUUCAAGUAUUUGCACCUCCGGCCUAUUGUGAGGGUGUGUCAUUUGAGGAGGCUCCAGACGAUCACAGCUUCUUCGACCUGUUCCACGACUGAAGAAAACACACAAGAUGACCUGCAAACUGCCAACAAUGGCUACAUACAAUAAUAAAAAGAGCAUUUAAUUACAAAUAUUUCCUGUAUCCAUCUCUCUUUCUUCAGAAAAUGCUUGCACUUUCUAUCUUACCUUCUUUUUUUGUCUUUUGCAAUUUGUUUCUGCACUCUAAUGAAGUCAAUAAAGAUGAGCUUUCGCUGAAA